AUGCCUUCCACCAACGCAGCCCACCGCAUUUGGAUCGAUAAUUCUUCCUCUUCUGAAAGGCGACUCAAACACCUCGUUUUACGCAUCACUUCAUCCAUCUUCAUGUCCCACACCAUACACAAUCGGGCGUGGUCUUGUUUCAGCCUGGUCGGGUCAUUGUCUGUUAAGAUCUUGAGUGCCCAUUUCGCCGAUUGUCUACACUCACGACCGAUUUGGCUUAAUUCAUCCUGUGCAUGGGUCAUAUCAAGGCCGUUUGUUUUUCUCUGA